GCUAGGAGACAAGUCAUGGACUUCCUGAUCUCCCGUUCUCGUCACUGGAUUGGCCGCCAGAGGUUCAUCUACUCCCGGGGCCUGCGCGAUGCAGGACGAGAGAAGAGGAGGGUGGGCAACAUGGCGGCUACUGCGGCUGGUGUGGGCCGGCUAGAGGAAGAGGCCUUGCGGCGAAAGGAACGGCUGAAAGCCCUAAGGGAAAAAACCGGGCGCAAGGACAAGGAAGACGGGGAGCCCAAAACCAAGCAGCUCAGAGAAGGGGAGGAGGAAGGCGAGAAGCACAGGGAACUCAGGCUGCGGAACUAUGUCCCCGAGGAUGAGGACCUGAAGAGGAGGCGGGUGCCCCCGGCCAAGCCAGUCGCAGUGGAAGAGAAGGUGAAGGAGCAACUGGAGGCCGCCAAGCCCGAGCCCAUCAUUGAGGAAGUGGACCUGGCCAACCUCGCGCCCCGGAAGCCUGACUGGGACCUCAAGAGAGACGUAGCUAAAAAGCUGGAGAAGCUAGAAAAACGGACCCAGAGGGCCAUUGCCGAGCUGAUCCGUGAGAGGCUAAAAGGCCAGGAGGACAGCCUCGCCUCUGCAGUGGACGCUACGACGGAGCAAGAGGCCUGCGACUCCGACUGAGGCAUGCCUUAUCCCCCCCACCCCCACCAUCAUGCCUGUCCUAUGGGCGGGUGGCCUUGGGCAAGGGUGGGGGCUGGGCUUGCUGUUACCUCCUAUUUGGCUCCAGAACUACACUGCCCCACCAGCCAGAAACCCUUGCCUGGGGUGAGGUCAGCUCCUUGUCUCCUGAGUGGUCCUCACCAUGCCGAGAGGGGCAGAGCCAACAGCAACCCCGUGGGCUUGCUGUGUCCGUACAUAUUUGUGUAAUUGGAAGUUUCUUUUAUCCCUAGAAAUAGAAGCAAGCAGACCCAUG